UAAUCGAUCCAGAGCAGGCUUUCAUAAUGAAAAGUAAAGGUGACAGCUGAUAAGCAGUUAAAAAAACAACCGUCAUGUAAUUUCAUAGUUGUACUAAAAAAAACCUACUUUAUCGACGAUGCGGCAAGCACGUGGUUUCGCGAAGAGAGAUAGUGGCAAGAGCGUUCGAUGAGGCGGGGCCUACUGGGACUGAGGAGAUUUGACUCCGGAGAUAUCCUUUUCAUACUGCAGGGAGUUGGCGCACUGGGAAUUAGUACAGUGGCAACCCAGUAGGCAGCGGUUAGAAUGAGAAGGUUAGCAGGAUGCACAAAGGGAUUGUAAAUCUGACAGUGCUCUCUUCGGUCAUGUAUCCGGUGUGUAUACGCACACAGUUGUAAACCCCCGCGCUUCGCUCAGCUCAGCAGGGACACACGUGCGCCGACGAGUGGAAGAACGAGUCGGUGGGCAAGGCACUGUCCCACUCUGGCACUCUCAAGGCAGUGGAUGGAUGAAUGGGAAAACUCAAAAGUUAACGUCAACCGGGGGCUGUGUGCCGUUGCUCCGGUGUGGUGCUGCUACUGGUUCUGCUCGCUCCGGAUAUGUGUAUGUAUGUCAGAGAACAGACAUCGCGCGGUCGGUUCGCAUCAGCAACAGUAGCAGCAGCGGUACCAGUGUAAAACUCCGAUCGUAACUUUGCGCUGCUGAUUUCAGUUGGGGUUUAGCAGUCACACGGGACGAACGUUUACACUCUCUGGAGAUCUGCCCGGAACAGGAGGGAAACCGUUUUGUGCAAAUCGGACACUGGAGACCAACACCUGUGCUUUGCUCUGGCGCAGAUAGAAGAACAUGUGCGUAGGCGUGUGCUGACAUCUGCCGGGCCGUAUAGAAACGAGUGUUUGGUGAUUUGUGUGGUUUGGGAAAUCGUUUUCGAUCUCAGGCAAUUAAAGGCAAAGGAAACCGGAAGUGACAGUUCUGUUCAGGUCGAUGCCAACUAAGAUAUUCGAUUUAAAGUUGUGAGUCGUGAAUAUAGUGCAGUAGCGUUAUUUUAGUGCAAUCAGCUCGAUAGCAAGACUUUUUGAACAAAUACCCGCGAAAAGGUACAGUGCGGUUAAUAACGUCCUGUGUAGUGUCGUGUUCAAACUUCUGUGACUGUACAUUCAGGUCCUAAAGGAACCUGAGUGGUACUUUUUUUCUCUGUACAAAGCGAGCAAAAUAGUCGUCACGGUGUACGACAACGGACUUAAGCUGCGUUCGGACGAGACAGUGCCGGGCUUCAGCUCGGCAUCGCCAUGGCCAACGCUCGAGCUCGAAUGGGGUCGCAAACUGUACCCAUCGUCGGUGCCGCGCGGGGCAGGUGGUAUGAUGUUCGGAUUGCCACCAACCGGUGCCGAUAUGAAUCAACCGCGUGGACCGAUGACCUCGCUAAAGGAGGAACCCCUCGGAGCUCGGGCAUGGAUGCAACCCGUCGUCGAUCAGGCAAACCUGGGAAUCGGACGGGCCCACUUCGAGAAGCAACCGCCUAGCAAUCUGAGGAAGUCAAACUUUUUCCACUUUGUCGUGGCGCUGUACGACCGGGCUGGACAGCCGAUCGAGAUCGAGCGGACGGCGUUCAUCGGGUUCAUCGAGAAGGACCAGGAAUCCGAUGGCCAGAAAACAAACAACGGCAUCCAGUACCGGUUGCAGCUGUUGUACGCAAAUGGUGCCCGCCAGGAGCAGGAUAUAUUUGUGCGGCUCAUAGACUCGGUUACGAAACAGGCUAUCGUCUACGAAGGUCAGGACAAAAAUCCAGAAAUGUGUAGGGUGCUAUUAACACACGAGGUGAUGUGCAGUCGAUGCUGUGACAAGAAGAGCUGUGGCAAUCGCAACGAAACACCAUCAGAUCCUGUGAUUAUAGACCGAUUUUUCCUUAAAUUUUUCCUCAAGUGCAACCAGAACUGUUUAAAGAAUGCCGGCAAUCCGCGGGACAUGCGACGAUUUCAAGUAGUGAUAGCGACCCAGGUCGCCGUGGACGGACCGCUGCUGGCGAUCUCCGACAAUAUGUUCGUGCACAACAACAGCAAGCACGGGCGCCGGGCGAAACGGCUCGACCCCGAAGGUACGGGAGGUUCUCCGUUGGCUAUUUCGGGCCAUCCACUGGCACCGGACAGUACGUACGACGGCAUCUAUCCGCCGCUACCUAUGGCAACCCCCUGCAUCAAGGCGAUAUCUCCCAGUGAAGGCUGGACGACUGGGGGAGCGCAGGUAAUCAUCGUGGGCGAUAACUUCUUCGACGGACUACAGGUGGUUUUCGGCACGAUGCUCGUGUGGAGUGAGUUGAUAACAUCGCAUGCAAUCCGAGUACAGACUCCCCCACGACACAUACCGGGCGUGGUGGAGGUUACGUUAUCCUACAAGAGCAAGCAAUUCUGUAAGGGAUCUCCAGGACGAUUUGUCUAUGUCUCUUUUCAUUUUGCAGCUCUGAGUGAGCCUACCAUCGACUACGGUUUCCAGCGGUUACAGAAAUUAAUUCCUCGGCAUCCCGGUGAUCCUGACAAGCUCCCCAAGGAGAUAAUCCUGAAGCGGGCGGCAGACCUAGCGGAAGCCCUGUACUCAAUGCCACGUUCACCGAAUGGCUCCUCAGGGUUUAAUUCCUACACUGGCCAGCUGGCGGUCAGCGUUCAAGACGGCACCGGACAAUGGGCUGAAGCAGAUGAGUACACCCGAGCGCAAAGUAGUAGUGUUAGUCCCCGGGGAGGUUACUGCAGUAGUGCUUCCACACCACACUCCUCCGGAGGCGGCUCGUAUGGAAGCAGUAAUGGCUACGCGACUGCUUCCAACAUGAGCGGACUAACCUCUUCCCCUGCCAGUGUCUUCAAUUCCUCGUCGAUUACAUCGACGCCGAAUCUCUGGCACUCGCAGCUGGUACCAUCACACAGCUAUUCGGCCACCGGUGCACACCAGUUCUGGCAUGCUUCGUCAUCGUCUGUAGCGACAGCGGUUUAGGAACCAUCUUUAUUGUUAGAAUCAAUGGACUGAUGAGUGGUGGCAGUGGUUUUAGUCCCUACUCGAUGACCACCUGCGGGUCCCAAGGCUACACUCCAAGUCCGCUGGCAGUGUCCACAACGUCGUCGAAAUAAGACACGAAAAGAUGCUUCGUUGUUUGUUAAUGAGUUAUAUUAUCUCUAUCGUCCUUGUUUUGUACAUUCGCGAGUUUUAAAGAAUCAUAUUCAUCUUUAGUUGUCUUGAGUUCCUCUAUUUAUUACCCAUUUUGUGUUUUUGUUAUAAGUGCAAUAAGAAAACAACAGUCAACAUGCUGAAAAACUGUACAUUUGUAAAAAGGAAGUUAUUUGAAUAUUGAAGCGUAAGAUGCUUGAUAGUUAAAUUUUUUGCUAAUGUAAACUGAAAUUCUCCCAGUGAAUCAACGAAAUAAAAUAAAACAGUAAAUGAAACAUAUCCAGUUACAAACAAAAAUAAAACGAACAUUUCAUCAGUCAUAUCUACAUGUGUCAGUAACAAAAUAAACAAAAACAGUCAUUACUCAAAAAUGAACGGUUCUUACUAACCGGAAACGGACAUCAAAAGAAAAGUAAUUCUAAACUCCUGCUGCAACCGGAAUUAUUAGCAGAUGGCGCUAUAUUUGUAUACGAAAGGAUAACGAAGCACAGAAGCCAUAAAAACAAGGCACCAUCAGAAAAUUCCCUAGCUUUGGGCGCAUAGCAAAAAAAAUCCGAGCUUACUCUUUGAAAGCUUCAUCCGAGACACCAACCUUGUGUUGUGUUAUUAUUUAACCCCAUCACAAUACAGUCCCGUACUCUGUCCUUUCUCAAUCCCGAUGUAAACGAAUGGAUCUCAGCCAAGCAAAUUGCGCAUAAACGGUAUGCAGUAAUGCUAAUUAUUUUCACAUUGCAAUAUGCGAAUUGUAAAUGUGUAAUUUUAUUAGAGCAAAUUUAUCGGCUAGAACUUGCAGACAAUUUCUGUAGAUUAUCUCUUUUGUAAAAAAAUAAGCCAAUCACUAAAACCACAAGCGCAAUGAAGCAAAAAUAAAUUGAACAAAACAUUCAAUUAUUGUUACAUAGUUUCAAUUCUCGCGUAACGUCAAACAAACCAGUUUUAAUCGAUUAAUAUGAAACAGUUAAUCUGCACAGAAAAGAACGCUCUUAUUUAUAUAUCUAAUAGGAAAAAUAUUGAAUUAUGGAUCAAAAAUCUACAUUAAACGUCAGUUUUGUCCGCAUAGGAACCGCGCGGAAAUUGAAAGUUUCGCGUUAAUGAUAUUAAGACAAGAAGAAGACAAACGAUUAAACAAAUAUUGGUGUGAAAAAUA